CGGCGCUGCAGGAAGAAGUGGCGGGCGAGCGGGCUGGGAGCGCGUUAGGCCCUUCGUGCUCCCCGCUCGGGGCAGCGGGCGUCGCCGCCUCGUCCCGGUCUCGGCGAGGCCGGCGCACCUGGAGGGCCGGCGGGUUCUCUCGGCCAUGUUCUUUGAGCGGCUCUGGGGGUCCUGGCAGGGCUCCCGGCCCCCGCCUCUGCGGGUGCUCGAAGCGGCGUCCUUUCCCAAGAGUUUUCUUGGAGGCUUUUUUGGUCCCAUUUGUGAGAUUGAUGUUGUCCUUAAUGAUGGAGAAACAAGGAAAAUGGCAGAGAUGAAGACUGAAGAUGGCAAAGUGGAAAAACACUAUCUCUUCUAUGAUGGAGAGUCUGUUUCAGGAAAGGUAAACCUAGCCUUUAAGCAACCUGGAAAGAGGCUAGAGCACCAAGGAAUUAGAAUUGAAUUUGUAGGUCAAAUUGAACUUUUCAAUGACAAGAGUAAUACUCAUGAAUUUGUAAACCUAGUGAAAGAACUAGCUUUACCUGGAGAACUGACUCAGAGCAGAAGUUAUGAGUUUGAAUUUAUGCAAGUUGAAAAGCCAUAUGAAUCUUACAUCGGUGCCAAUGUCCGCUUGAGGUAUUUUCUUAAGGUGACAAUAGUGAGAAGACUGACGGACAUGGUGAAAGAGUAUGAUCUUAUUGUUCACCAACUUGCCACCUAUCCUGAUGUUAACAACUCUAUUAAAAUGGAAGUGGGCAUUGAAGAUUGUCUACAUAUAGAAUUUGAAUAUAAUAAAUCAAAGUAUCAUUUAAAGGAUGUGAUUGUUGGAAAAAUUUACUUCUUAUUAGUAAGAAUAAAAAUACAACACAUGGAGUUACAACUGAUCAAAAAAGAGAUCACAGGAAUUGGACCCAGUACUACAACGGAAACAGAAACUAUUGCCAAAUAUGAAAUAAUGGAUGGUGCACCAGUAAAAGGUGAAUCCAUUCCAAUAAGACUAUUUUUAGCAGGGUAUGACCCAACACCAACAAUGAGAGAUGUGAACAAAAAAUUUUCAGUAAGGUACUUUUUGAAUCUAGUGCUUGUUGAUGAGGAAGACAGAAGGUACUUCAAGCAGCAGGAAAUCAUCUUAUGGAGAAAAGCUCCUGAAAAACUGAGGAAACAGAGAACGAACUUUCACCAGCGAUUUGAAUCUCCAGACUCACAGGCAUCUGCUGAACAGCCUGAAAUGUGAACUGAAUAGGAGGAAAAAAGGAAAAAAUCUGUAACCGCUAAGUUCAGCAGGUUAAAGAUGGUUGCAGCAUGUAGGGGGGGAAAGAGGACAAAAAUCCAUAUAUAAUUGUCUUCCUUUAUCUUACAGUGCUGCAUUUAUUUUACAGUAUAACUAAAUGUUCAUGUAUAAACAUUUUAAAAAGUGCUUUCUUUGAAACACUGGAGAUUUCCUAAGCUGCCUUUUUUAUUUUUAUUUUUUUUUUAACUGCACACUUUGAUGAUAAGCACUCAGAUAUUGCAUCAGCAUAAACAUUAAAGAUUUUCAUUUGAAUAGGCUGGUAUUUGUAAUUUUGCUUUCUUUCCUCGUAAUGUUGACUGUAAAUCCUUUUCUUCUUACUAAUGAAUACCUUUUUCUCUACAUGUAAAAAAUUAAAUAUUUUAUGUUCAAAUUAAAUUAGAAAACCUAAGUGGACCUUAUAUCUUGCAAAGAUUUAGAACAUGGCAUAUUAAUAUUUUUGAGAACUACAAUUCUUUUUACAAAUGCAUUUGAGAAAUGUACAUGGAGUGUUUCACUGAAGGUGCUUCUGGGUCUACCGUUUCAUAGCUUUCUGCCUUUUAUCCUCUUUGAAGACUUCUGUGUUACAAAUAUUUUUCCCCCUGGGGAUUAUAUGGCAUGGCAUUGUGGUCCUUUUUUCUCCUCCAUAUUAAGUAAUCAUUUUGGUAUUAUUUCCCAGCAGUACUACCAUAUGUAUUCUGCAACAUGGAGUUGACAUAUGUUGGCAUUUUAGAACUUGUUACAACUAUGUAAUUUUUCCAGUUAGAAAUGUGUAUAUAUAUUUAAUUUAAGAAAUAGUCUUGUCACAUGUGCAAAUAUCACUUUCAUGAUUUUACAGAUUUAUUCAUUCUUCAGUGGAAAAUUGGGAGGUGGGGGGUUCAGGGGGAAUUUUAUACAGAUCUGGGCAAUUUCAUGUUUGUUAAACUGUAAUUAUGGCUAGUUCAAACUCCAUUUCAACCUCACCCAGUCUGUCUUAAUUUUUUUAAACACUAAAUUCAAGUCAUUUGUUCAGUGUCUAAAAAAGAGGUUGCAGUCAUCUACUCAUAUGCAUGGGGUCUGAUCUCAAAUACACUAAAUGUGGAGCGUGGAAACCAAAACAAAGCCUGCUAUGUGGAAAGUACUUUCACUUAUGGUUCAUUGGUUUUUUGUACCAAUAUCUUAAAAUACACUUCAGUGCAAGUUUUGUCAGUUAAUCUUACUUUAUGAGUAAGCUAAUAACCCAAACUACAUUUCUUUAAAACUGUUUUACUACUGUGGCACUUUGAUAAAAUGGUCAGUAACCAACUUCUUUACUGGCCAAAGGUUCCAUGUACCAUGUGCUGGAGCAUUUUAAAUGUGAGUAUCUAUGAAUGGUAAUGUUUUCCUUCAUGUAAGUGCCUGUUCAGAAUUUUUAAAAUGCCAAAUAUUUUCAUGGUCACUUGCAUGUAGUAAUUUAGAAAAUAUUCAGAGAUUUUGAAAUUUACUUGUAUUUAACCAGCCUCAUUGUGCAACCAUGAUGUGUAAUAAAGAAUUUGAAACAGAAA